AUGCCGGACGAGCUCAACUCGCCGCCCGAUGGCCUCAUCGGUGGCUAUCACGGUCAUAAUAAUACGGUGCGGAUUUUGAUGAUCGUCUUCUCAUCUAUCGCAUUGUAUAAUGCUAUCGAACUUUUCAUCCUCUUGUUCUUGACUUUUCAGCAUUAUCGCGGCCUCUACUUUUGGGCCUUGUUACUCUCCGUCGUUCUCGGUGUUAUACCUCAUACAAUCGGCUAUAUCUUCGAGUUUUUCUCCCUGGCUCCACUAUGGGUGUCGCUUACCCUGUCCACCAUUGGCUUCUACGUCAUGGUGCCGGGUCAGUCGGUGGUUCUAUAUUCUCGUCUUCAUUUGGUGUGCCAAAACCAUCGGGUCCUGCGAUUCGUUCUCUGGCUGAUCAUCGUUGACGCCUUUAUUCUCCUGAUACCCACCACUGUCCUCACAUUCUCCACUGCCUACGUUCGAACACUCCCUUUCAUCCGAGGUUACAAUGUCAUGGAGCGCACCCAGCUAGCCUGGUUCUGCGUCCAGGAGUUUGUAAUCUCGGGAAUCUACAUCUCGGAAACGGUCAAGCUGCUCAGAUUGAUGCCGGAUAAAGACAUGCGGCGAUCCAAGAUCAUGUACGAGCUGCUGGCUAUCAACUUUAUCAUCAUCAUUUUAGACGUCGCGCUACUCGUUGUCGAGUACAUUGGUUACUACUCGUUGCAGACGACGAUGAAGCCCAUGGUAUACAGUAUCAAGCUGAAGCUCGAGUUUGGUGUCCUUGGCAAGCUGGUCUCCCUCGUGCACACCAAUCGCUCGCAACCCACGUCCAACGAGAAUGAAGAAUAUCCGGGUUUCGUGGACCCGUCCCAGCUUACGUCGGAUGUCACACACGCACCGCCGAUUGAGUCGCGCGUGCCUCGUGGCAUGAGCGCUUGGAGCAACAUCUCUUUGGAGAGCGUACCAAUGUCGGAGCGCGCGCGUUUAUCGACGCACUCCACCGACAGCGCACAACCACCUUGA